UAUUAGUAACUAAAUAAUUAGUAACAAACGUAGGAACAAAUUGUUUAUCGAAAAGUUCUUAUGAAGAUUUCAAGCAAUUGAUUUUUAUUAAAACAGUACGGUCAUGACAAACAAUAGGCAACAUGUCGGCGCUAAUAAAAAUGUUGAUGACAUUGUUGGUUUUCGUGGUGAAGUCUGAAUCGACGAUGGCAGUCCAUAAGUUCGUGUAUCAGAAGGACAUGUCGGAGUAUUGUCGCCGUCGUGUGGUGCCAUCUGUGUUCCUCGGCAGGCAUGUUGUCGAUGCUUACUCCCAGAUACUCCAUUUUUCUAAGAUGGAGCUACCUUAUAGCUGUUCUAUAAGCAUAAGAACAGAAUCCGGCAGCAACAUAAUUUUGGUGGUUCAACUCUUAUCCGAUGACAGCUUAAUAAAUUCGUGUGCUGAAAAUUCUAAUCAAUUUUUGGUAUAUGAAAUGGGCGAAACAUAUAGCGGUUAUUGGGGCCCAUUACCUGAAACAAUUAUGAACCCAAAGCCUGCUGGAAUUAAGUUAUAUACUUUAAAAACUACUCAAGCAACAGUUACAGAACCGAGCACAGAGGAGGAUACAACUUCAGAAAAGACUUAUGACAUGCCAUCCAAGGUGCCAAGUGAUAACACAAAUGAUGAGUUGCAAUACAUCACAGUAGAGAUUCCUUUGGUGAAUGUUUCUGGUCAAUUAGUGCCUGGCGAUCCGCCGGUGCAGAAGGUUUCGAAUGAAGACGAAGAUUUCGAUCUCAUAUUAGACGUGACGCCCCGGUCAGGCGUUCGAUAUGAAACAAGCAUACUGCCGUUGGUGCAAUUUGCGAUAAAAAAGCAGAAAAGUGGUCGGCGAGGAGACGUACAAGAUUCAGUUCCUCCUUACCAGCUGGAAUACGGUGUCUUCACGCCUGACUAUAGAUUGACAUAUCCCUACUGGAGUGGUAAAUCAACAAAAAGAAGAUACGCUACAAAAUUUAAGUACAAUUCAAAUAGACGGUUAAAAUUUGACAGAAACAAAACACUUUUCACGAAGAUAAAAAAUAAUACAAAGAAAAAGUAUUUUGUUCAUUACUCAACUGAACAAUUAGACAUUACCAUUAAUGACAGGAUAUUGGGUAAUCAAAAUGUUGAAAAUGAUAUGGAAGCAUGGAAGAACAUAGUAGAUAUACUAUCUAGUCAUAAAAAACACGAAGAAACUACCAAAGAAAAUCAUGAUUCGGAAUUUAAAAAAUUUAUGUCCGAGAUAUCUAGCAGCAAUAAAAAUCUCCAAGUCAUUAAAACGAACUUAAUCUCGAGCACAGUUCCAUUGCCCGUCUUAAAGAUGCAAAUUGAAAAUAUAACGACAUCAGAUACAUUAAAAAUUACACAACUAUCUAGUAAAAACUUGCCUACUAAUGUUACAGAAGCUUCUUAUACUAAUGUUACAGAAGAUUCUGUUACUGCUACGGUUUAUAAAAUAUUUAAUACCAGCCUAUUAACUGGAUCAAUGGUGGAUCACCAAUCAUGGGAGAAUGUGGUGCAAGCAGCUCCAGUGAUGGCCGUCCGUCUCAAUCAAACAGUAUUAAAUGAAACUAUUAAAGAUGUUGGUAUUAAAAGCAUAGAAGCUGUAGUGUCUACUACCGAUAUCAAACUGCGUAAAAAGAGAUAUAUCGAGGCUAUUGCUAUAGAGCAGGCGCGUCCUCAUAAGCGGGCCACGCAAGCUCAUACUCUCUCCACCGCGUCUACUCAGUUUCAACUCUCCGAUGCGCAGGAAUUCGCCCAACUGGUGGAACUACAGGAUGACGAAAUCCACGACCGCGUGGCGCUACGAUACAUGCGGCACUAUGUGGGGCGAAUGCUGUUCAACAUAUGCGACUACCAAGAGCUAAAGGCACGACAUGUAUACCUCUUCAAUUCUUCCAGGAUUGUGUUAGCUAUCAGGAAUUUCACGUUGGAACGCAUGACAGUGGUGAUGACGCCAGCUUACUCGAUGCUGAAUGGAGAGUUGAGGUGUUCUGAGGCUCUCCUUGAAUGCCAAGUAUCUGGUACUCGGGUAUGCAUCGAUUCAAUGACUGCCUGUGAUGGUGUGCCUAACUGCGGUGCUUAUGAUAUUUACGACGAAGAUCGUCUGAUGUGUGGUGCUGCUGUGGGUCUCCAACAUACCGUGUUACUCGCGGCCGUCACCUUUCUAGCAGUGAUGCUUACUAUGCUAUAUACUGUACAUUAUUGGCUCAAACGUUGUGUGCCGAAGGUUUCCGAUGCUUUCUUCAUUUAUACUGAAGGGGAUGACAAUGAGCUGCACUUAGAUAGCAUAAUGCGAUCACCAAAUGAUAAUGACGACGUAAAUAAAAUGAUAUAUGGGCAUUUAUUUGAGGAUGACAUGAUUUACCAAGAUGCUAUAAAUGAAAAGCGAACACUAUUCUCAUGUAAAUGGUUGGAAAAAUGUUUGUUUUCUGAUUGCUUUAGAAAAAGAACCAAAAAAGAGUAUGAUGAUGUAUCAAGUAACCAAAAUGUGCAUUUAGGUAGAAAAGCAUAUUCAUUUACGGAAUUAGAGCUAUAUAAAAUGUCACGUGGUGAAACUGUCGAUGUUUCUAUACAGACAGGUGAUAGUUUAGAAAUAGCUCAUUUGAAAACUCUUGGAAGAAAAGAAAAUAAAAACUUGAAGCAUAAUAAAGAAUUGAUAACAGCAUCAAAUAAAGAAAAUUAUCAAAUAGAAAAAUCUAGUGUGAUAUCAGACACGGUAGAGCUUAAUCAAAAACACUUAGAGGAAUUAAAUAUGUUAAAGCUUUUUAAAGAAGCUCGAUCAGAAUCUGUAUCAUUAAAUAAAAGUAAUAUUAAAUCAAGUCCAGAGUCUGUACUUUUACAAAUACCAGCAAUUACGGAAGAACGAGAGAUUGUAAGCCAUCUGUACGAUGCUCAUAAAGAUACAGUUCCUUCUCAAAUUUCAACUCAUGACAUUACUGCAACGGCUGAUGUACAUGAAGACAAAUUAAAAUUUAGGAAACAACAAAUUAAACGUUUACGAUUUGAUGAAGAAACAAUAACAAUUCCUUCGGAAGAUUAUGAACAAGAAGCGGACGAUAAUUUCAUUAAUCAACACACCGUGAUAAGUAGUUCAAGAAAAAUAGGUCAAGAGUUAGACGUUAUUGUAGAAACUUCUGAACAAGCUAGCACUAGUCGAGAUUUCAAACGUUUCUGGGGUAACAAAGGAAAGAAAUCGAAAAAGAAGUCUCAUAUGUCAUUACGUUGAUAUCACUCAGUUUAUUAUUUAGUGAAAACAAAAUUAGGUACAAGUAUACCACAUGACUGAAGACGGCUAUGGAUGCACGUCCCGCGCCGCUAUUUCCUAAUUAAGCUCAAUUGUACACCGGAUAGAACACGUGCCAAAAUGUGUUGUCUUUUUAAACACAAUUUGUCAUGAGCCCGUUUGCAAUCUGAAUUCUUACUUUAAUUAACUCUUAUUGUUCGGAAAGUUUUAAAUAAUUUUGGCUGUUACUACCUACAUCGAUAAUUAUUUUACACAUAGGCGUAGAUGUAUUUUUAUUUAUGUAUUUAAAUAGGUGAACGUAAGUACGUUCGUAAAAAUAAGAUUGUUUAAUGUGAUAUUAGGUAUAUUUGUUACUGUCAAAGCCCGUACAUUAGAAAAUCUUAAGUUUUACCAGUUUUGGUUUGGUGAAAGAUACAAAGAUGUGCUUGUUUUUAUAAAAUCCUUAUAUUUACCAAUACACAUUGGUAAAUCCUAAGGUUUACUGGUAAUACUUAAGAUUUACCAAUGUAUGGGCUUUUAUAGUAACAUAUUCAUUGAUAUAUAUAACUAACUAUUUGUCUUAAUUAUAUCCAAUAUUAUUGAGUUUGUUUUUAUGUAAGCUAUGCCCCUUUUUAGAUAAUACGAGUAACAUAAAAAUAAUCUUUAUCGACAUAUAUAAAAGAGGAUGCUGUAUGUUACUGGCCCAUAUAUCAACGCAUAACCGAAACUUCUGACUCUAGUACCUAGAAAUUUGACAGAUUGGUUUUUUAUAUAGCGCAGGUAUAAAUAAAGGAAUUUUGAGAAUUCAGUCUCUAAGGGAGUAAAAUGUAAGUUGAAACUUUGUAUGGAAUUUCAUCAGUUUAGAAGUCAGGCACGUGAAUUUUUAGAGACUCAUGAUUCAAAAUAAAAUAAUAAUAUAUUGAUUUUGGAACAAUUCAUCCCUAAAAGGGAUAAAUAAGGGAUGAAAGUAUUUUAUUAUUAUUUGUAGGACAAUUCUGUUACAAUUGGAGGUAGAUGUAUGAAACAAUAAUAUUAGACUUCUGUUUAUAAAUAAUUAAAUACUUUUCAACGUU